GCGACGCCGUGACGGCCGCGAGGGAUAUUGUGGUGGAGGAGAGAGAGGCGUAUGGGUACCGUGAGACCUCUCUUUCUCCUUUGCCUUUUUUUUUUUUUUUUUUUUCUUUUCUAUCGCCUCUGUCUCGCGGGAGUAAGAGCGCGGAGCAGAACGUCGAGCGCAGCGAGGCGAAGCGGGAGAGAGGCAAUGUCUACUUGGCCCAAUGCAGAUUCAGUCGACGCCCUUCGCUCCCAGAUCCAUUCUCUCCAGACGACAAUCAACGAGCUGGAGAAGUAGAACGCCGACCUUUCUCCUCGACUCUCUGGAUGUUGCUGUCAAAAGAUGGAAGACAAGAUUGGUUGUGUCGUAGAGGGAGGCAGAGUGGUCGAUGGGAAUGGCAAAUCAACGAAGCUGGACAAGAAGACUAGGAAGAAAAAAGAUUUCAAAACAGGAAUUCUCGAACACCAUGCAAGGCGAUAUGUUGCUCUAAGAUUGAUGUAUUUUGGGCAAAGGUUUUAUGGUUUUGCCUCUGAAGCACAAUUGGAUCCAACUGUCGAGACACCUAAUUCAUUUCGAUCCGAAUCCCAUCAUACUGAUUUUGGUGUCAUGCAGUCUGAAAUUUUUAAAGCUUUUGAGAAGACUAAGCUUUUAGUUGGUGACAAGAAAAAGUCACAGUACUCAAGAUGUGGCAGAACAGAAAGGAGCUUCAUCUUUUGGACAAGUAAGUUCAAAAACUGCUACUCCACUUCUAAGUUUCUUGAUGGAUCGGAUACUCUCAAACUCAGAAGGGAUACAAAUGUUAUUGUCCUAGUCGUCAUCAUCCUUCAUCAAUUGGAUGUGAAAAAUGCCUUUUUACAUGGUGAUUUGGCUGAGGAGGUCUACAUGGAGCAACUACCUGGGUUUAUUGCUCAGGGGGAGAAUGUGGUAGAUCAUUCAGUUUUUAGCUCCGUGUCUUCAACUGGCUGUAUCCUUUUAGUUGUAUAUAUGGAUGAUAUCAUCAUUACUGGCAGUGAUUCAAGUGUAUCUUAUUCACAUGCUAGUAUCAAUUUAUCGCAACGAAAGUAUGUACCGGACAUCCUUGGUGAGGUUGGAUUUCUUGGAGUAAAGCCAGUCGAUACCCCUAUGAAUCCCAAUAUGAAACUUGAUGCAGAACAUGGAGAAUUACUACAUCAUUCAGCAAAGUAUCGAAGGUUCAGCUGUAUGAGCAGGGAGUACAAAUAUUUCUUUUGGAGAGAUAAUUUGGAUAUUGGGGCAAUGGAGAGUGCAGGCCAAAAGUUUGUUGGGGAUCAUGAUUUCAGAAAUAUUUGUAAGAUGGAUGCAUUUAAUGUCCACAACUACAAGCUUCAUAUAAGAUCCUUUGAACUCUCUUCUUGUGAUAAGAGGUUGGAAAGUAAUGAACUGUGGUGUUUCAAAAUUAAGGGCAGUGCAUUUUUGUGGCACCAAGUUCGUUGCAUGGUUGCUUGGAUGUUUAUGGUUGGCCAAGGUCUUGAAUCUCCUGAUGUACGUAAUAUAAGAUGCUUCGCCAUUUUCUGUCUUGGUUACCAUAAGUUGAACGUAGGAAAUGGGUGAGAGAUAGUUUGUUUGAUAUCUAUUAGUUAAUGCAACAAAAUGCACGGGGCUACCAAUAUUGGACAAGACAUUA